CAAAGUAAUAAUUACCAUAAGCAAGAUCCAAGAUCCUCGAUUAUGUUACGAAACGGAACGUUGUGUAAUUUGAAAAUAUAUGUCAAAUCAACUUGAAAUCAACCGCCAUUUAAACUAGCAAACUGCUUUUAAUUUUUAAUAUAAUUUGUGUUUGAUUAUUUUUAAUUUAGUUUAUGCGAUGUAAAUAAUUUCGGUUUUAAAACAACUAUGACCUUGUGCAAAUUUUGAAAAUAGUAAGUCGAAUAAUAAACUUACUUGCCGUAGUUCAGCUCAGACAAUGCAUAGAUCAAGAAUACCGUCUCCCGCCCGCUCUGAGGGUUCUAAAGUUACACCAAGGAGACAUAGAUUUAGAGCUUCACGUAGCGUGUGUUCGCCUGCUCGUUCCGAUGUCUCUGUAAAACUAUCAUCUAUUGUACAAAUGCGCGCAAUGCAGUCACCUGCAGUAUCUCCUCUCAGGACUCGGAGAUCAAUUCUUUCCGAUAACACUGAUAUUGAGGUUCCUGGACGCCAAAGUUGGUGGAAAAGAUUAGAGGAUAACUCGAGAGAUGUAAUGGAAGUGUUGGAAACUAAAACAACAGAUCAACCUGAAAAUAUAGAGGAAUUCAUUGAAGCUGAUUUUAAAAGUCAGGAAAAUGACUACACAGUAGACUUGCCUGAAAGCAGUGAUGGUGAAUCAAUAAACAGUAUAAUUCUACCACAAAGGAAGUUUUUUAGUCAAAAGCAAACACAAUCAAAUAAAUUAUUCAAUAAAAUUAUAGAAAACAGAGAAAAUUUGACACAUCGUAAGAGUAAAGCGAACACAGAUAAUACAAUAUUUGUUGGUAAAAAGAGUUUUUUUAGCAAAGAUACAGUGGAAAGAAGAAGUAGACCAACAUUCCCACCGGGAUUACUAAACAUGACAGAUAAGACUUUAGUAAAUAAAACUCAAGAUAUUACAAAGCAUGAACAAGUUAGAAAUCUUUUAGGUAACCGUGCAGGCACUAAACGCAAAAAUAUGUUUGCUGAUUUCAUAAUGUCAGAAAGUGAAGAAGAAAUCCCUGAUAUUCAACCAAACGUUCUUGGAUUCACGAAAAGUAAACAGCCACAACGUAAAAUGUCAUCACAGGGUAUCCGAAAUUCACCAAGAUCUAAUGAAACUGAUUUAGAAUUUGAUGAAUGGCAACAAUUACCAUCAUCAACAAUGGUUGACAAUGAAUUUGGUGAUAUAGAAAGUUCUCCAGUUAAAAGACCUAGAUUAAGUAAGCCGGAUAGUGUUAUAGAAGAAGUAAGGGGAAAUGUUAGAAACAAAAUUGACAAAACAAAGCUAACACUAAUUAUGUCUCAUAAUCUAGAUGAUAAUGAUUUUAAUGAAUCUGAUAAGAGAGUUCCAAAAAAGACACAUGAAAAAACCCUUACACAAAUACCUGAUACAGAUGCAAGGCCAUUUACAGAAGUAAUUCAAGUUGAUAGUGAUGAUGAGAACAAUUUUACUUUAAGAUAUGAUAAUGAUAAGAAUAUGCAAAAUGAUGAAAUUGACGUAACUGUAAAAGAGCUUGAAAAAAACAAUACAAAUACCAGUAAAAAUUCGAACACAACGGUAACUAAUGAAAAAGUAUUAAAAACCCGAAGCUCUCUGAAGGAGAAAAGUGUUAAUAAAAGUAUUACAGUUGAAUUGAGAGAUGCGAUUGAUGGAACUAAGACAAUAAAUAUAGAUCAAGACAAAAACGUCUCAUGGAAAAUACUUAAAACGCAUAAAGAACAACACGCAGUGAUAAAUACUAAAGAAGAUCUAGUUGAAAAAGAUGCGAGCAACAUUAAUACUUCAGCACCGACAACACAUAAAGACGAUCGUAAAAUAAACAUUGAAAAGGAAAACAUUAGUAUUAACAAAGAAAAAACUACUUGCGAAACAGAGGUCAACAAACAUACAACAAUUAAUACACCACAAGGAGAAGCAAUACUUGAAAUAGAUCAAAAUGACGAGGUUUUACAAGAUAAAGAAAUGUCUAAGAAUAUAGAUAACUCACUAAACGAAGUUAAAAUUCAACAAGAUAAAAAUAAAAUUGUUGAGAAUGUCGAUAAUCAAAUCACAGAUGACAUCAAUAAUAUAGACCCUAAUAAAGAAAAAACACUCACUCAUAUUAGUCAAGAAGAAAAUAAUGAUAUGCAAAAUGUAGAAGAUGCUAAACUAAAAGAAACCGUGCAAGAAACCCGAAAUUCUACGAUAAAUACGUCAAAUCGUGAAGAAAAUCGAGAACGUACUAAGAAUAGAGAAAAAGUAGACAAUAUUAGUAUCAAGGAAAUAAAUGAUAAAACAAAAGAAAUUUGUAAAGAAGCUCAAGAAAUCGCAAUACCUUCUGUGAAUGAGGACAUAGAUCAAGCAGAUGAGCAUAACAAAGAAAAGGAGACAGUAAAUGUAGAGGAGAACAAUCCGGCAUAUAAUGAAACGAUAAAUAAAAGUCUAGCAUCCGAAAAGCAAGCUACUUUCAAUGAAAACCUGUCCAAUGAGGCAAUUCAUCAAGAAGAGAAUAUUACAGAAGAUAAUGAAAUGUCAAACAAAAGUCUAUCGGAAAAACAAGCUUCUUUAAAUGAAAAUAUCCUGACAGAUGAUGAACAGAAUGUCACAGAAGAUAAUGAUAUGAUAAAUGAAAGUAAAGAGAAAACUAACCAAAUGACAUCUGUUGAUGAAAGUAAUAUGACAGAGGAUAAAGAUAAUGACAAUCAAGAAGAUGGAGCAGAAGAGAGUGAACAAAAUGAAACUGAUCAGGCUGGAGUAUCCUCAAUGGAUGUGAAUAACGAGACCGAUGAUGAGAAUCCUAAAGAAAGUGAUGAAGAUAGUGAUGGAGAUGAUGCUGAUGAAAAUGAAAUAACAGAAGAGAAUGCGGAAAUUGGUGACGAACUUGAAAUAUCUUCUAUAAAUAAGAGCAAUGAAGAACAGAAUGAAAGCGAUGAAGGGAUCAGUGAUCGUAUCGGAAUGCCUUCUAUGAAUAUUGACUCAGAUGAAGAUAACGAGAAUAAUGAAGAUAUGAGUGCAGAACAAGAAAUAAACGAUAGCAAUGCUAAAACUGACAACCAAGUUACAUUUUCUAAAGGUCGUAUAUACUUGACCAAUGUGACCGGGGAGUCGACGCACUCUUACGCUGAAGCCGCAGAUUCCGAGCCCGAAGAGACACAGUCGCGGCUCGCGCUCGAGGAAUAUCUUAUGAAGAUCAAAAAUGAUAAUAUUGAAAAAAGACGGAAAGUGGAAGAAGAGGUCAGAAACUCAUUGAAGACAACAUCAAGGGAGCCAUUUAACAAUUUCAAGGCGCCCGCUCGCGUAAAACCAAUAAAAACUCAGCAACGCAACAACGUACAACAGAAGACCAAAUCAAAAAAGAUGCCUUCUCUGUUAAAUAUAGAGAAUUUACCUCCGGAGCUGUUAGACGAUAUGAAAUACAAACCUCCUCGCAGAUAUCAGCCGAAAAAUGCAGCCUGGAUCACUAAGAGGCUAUACAAAUAUCUUGAAACUAAACUGGAACCCAAAUACGACUACAAGGCGCGCGUGAAGGCGGAGAGUGUGGUAGAGUUGCUGUACGAGUUCAGCAAGGAGGUGCGGCGGCAGCACGUGGCCGCGCCGCCCGCCGUGCGCGCGCUGCGCCAGCGCCUCGCGCGCCUCGGCCUCCUCGCCACGCACUACGACUUCUACACCUUCAUGCACGACUUCAUGCCCAGAGAGAUACGGGUGAAGGUUGUUCCUGAUGUGGUGAAUGAAAUCCCAUUACCAAGAAACGGCGUGUUUUCUAAUAUUCUUUGAUACAAAUAUAAUUAUUGUUAUGUUAGAUAAUUAAUAUAAAAUAAAAAUGUAAAUAUA